AUGGUUAAGAACCCCCUCUUCCCAUUCUCAGACCUUCUGUGUGACGCUAUGCAGAGAUCACUCGUCUCCCUUAUCAUGAACCCUGCCUGUCUAUUCUUGCUGCCCACCUUGACUGACCGGACUUGGGACCUCAUCUGCAACAACGAAGAGGAGAGAGAGCGUUUGGAAUUCCUGGGCGAUGCCCUUGUAGGUGCCUCUGUGUCCGAGGAACUAUUUCGAUGUCGACCACACGAAGGUCCUGGUUUCUAUACGAAAGCCCGCAAUGUCCUGACAGCCAACUCUACCUUUGCCCACAUCAUGCAUAAACUUGGCUUCCACGAUAUAAACGAUGCAGUGAAACCUGCAGGAGAUGCGUUCGAAACCAUUCUGGCUGCGUACCACGGUGAACGAGGUCCCGAGGCCUUCCAAGAAUAUAUCCACCAAUACUUCCCUCAACUUAUACACAAUAUAGGACACGCCUACGACCACUAUCGCUCGACCGUCGUGAUUUCUCGAGUUAAACGGAAGAAACUUACCAACUCGGUAGUGAUGAAUCGUGCCCAGAAACUAAAGGAACCGAAGCACCAUUUAAAUAAAAAACAUAGGCCACCACCAGGCCCUUCACAACAUACACUGAAAUCAACUGCAUCCCAAGGCGUGAUUGAUCUAACAGGCGACAAUUCGGACUAUUCUGAAGAUGAGGUCGAGCUAACGUUGACUCCCAUGCCGAAUCAUGAUCAAGGGAACUCGUCGCCCGGUUCAUCAAAGCAAGCAAGUUCGACGAAAUUAGACCCGGCAAUUCAUGGAACACCUAGAAAACCGCCCGAUAAAGGAAAGAUCGAGAGUCAGGGGAUUCUUCGUGCUAUUUCGGCCUCUCCUCGGGUUGUCAGAAGCAGCCAGGCUGCUACAUCUCUUACUGUGCGAACAUCCAGUACUCGGAAUGUCAGCACUGACGUCCAGAGCGAUCUCGCCGAUCGUUUGCAGAGAACAGCGAUAUGCUCUGCCUCUGGAUCAGGAAGCGCGGACAAUCCGAUCAUCCUUGAUUGA